UGGCGUUACCCCAUUUUCCAACCUUCCCUCUCAGUCGCUCGGAAUUUUCGGCUCCGGUGGAGAAUCGCCGGAAAGAGGUCGAGGCGAUAAAAACGGGUCCGGGAUCAGGAGGAGAAGCCGAGGCAACGACUCCGGGGCUCGGACGCGUCCACACACAAGCGAGCUGCUUCCCGCGGGGCUUCAUCAUGGAGGCUGAACUAUGACGUGUUGUGUAGCUGCGGACGACUGAGUGAACCAUGGCGCAGUUCCCCACCACAUUCACAGCAGGUCCAGAUGUGUUUCUGAUCUCAGUGGAUGAGAGAGUCAAAUAUGAUCAGCAGUUUCACAGCCUCGCUCCGACCGCUGGGGGUUACAUCACAGGUGACCAGGCCAGGAACUUCUUCCUCCAGUCAGGGCUACCCCCUCCCGUCCUGGCCCAAAUCUGGGCUCUGGCCGACAUGAACAGUGAUGGCCGAAUGGAUAUCUACGAGUUCUCUAUCGCCAUGAAACUCAUCAAGCUGAAACUCCAGGGUCACCCGCUGCCCCCUUCGCUUCCUCCCAGUAUGAAACAACCCCCCCUGCCUUUACCCCCACAAGGCGGCUUUGGCAUGCCCCCCAUGCCCCCCAUGGCUACCAUCCCAGCUCCUCUUUCAGCCGUGCCCCCUCUUCCCCUACCCCCUCUGCCGGUCGGGCUGUCUCCCCCACUGGUCUCAUCUGCCCCGCCUCCCCUCCCCCAGCCCAUCGCCAAUGGAGCUCCUCCCACAGGCAUGAUCCCGCCCAUCUCAGGCUUCCCCCACCCAGCUCAACCUGUCAACAAGUCGACUUCAUUCAAUCGUUCCAGUGCUAAGCUGCAGAAGGUAGCAUCAUUUGAUGCUGCUAGCAGUCAGCCCCCCUGUGAUUGGGCCGUUCCUCAGUCCUCAAGGCUGAAGUACAGACAGCUUUUUAAUUCACACGACAAGAUGAUGAGUGGACACCUCACAGGUCCACAGGCUCGCACUAUCCUAAUGCAGUCCAGUCUUCCUCAGGGCCAGUUGGCCACAAUAUGGAGUCUGUCCGAUAUCGACCAGGAUGGAAAACUGACGGCUGAGGAGUUCAUCUUGGCCAUGCACCUCAUAGAUAUGGCCAUGUCAGGGUUACCGCUGCCCCCUGUGUUACCACCAGAUUACCUCCCACCCACAUUCAGGCGUGUGCGGAGUGACAGUGUUCAGUCGGAGCAGAAGUUUGUUCCGGAGGAAAUGGAGGAGGAGCUCGAGAGCAGCCAAGAUAAGAAACUACCAGUGACAUUUGAGGAUAAGAAGAGGGAAAACUUUGAGCGAGGGAACCUGGAGCUGGAGAAGAGACGUCAGGCUCUGCAGGAGCUACAGAGGAAAGAGCAGGAGCGACUGGCUACUAUCGAGAGAGAGGAGCAGGACCGGAAGGAGCGUGAACGUCUGGAGCAGGAGAGGAGACGACAACAUGAAUUGGAAAAGCAGCUGGAGAAACAGAGAGACCUGGAGAGGCAGAGAGAGGAGGAGAGACGCAAAGAGAUCGAGAGGAGAGAGGCUGCUAAACGUGAAUUAGAGCGCCAGCGUCAGUUGGAGUGGGAGCGUCAACGACGGCAGGAGCUUCUGACUCAGAGGAACCGAGAGCAGGAGAGUAUCGUGCUGCUCAAAGCCAGGAAGAAGACCCUGGAGUUCGAACUGGAGGCUCUGAAUGAUAAGAAGACCCAGCUAGAGGGCAAACUGAAGGACGUUCGGUUCCGUCUGUCAGCUCAGCGGAGAGAGGUGGAACAGACCAAUCAGACGAGAGAAACACGCAUCGCUGAAAUCACCCUGUUACAACAGCAGCUGCAGGACUCACAGCAGUGGCUCGGGAGGCUAAUUCCUGAUAAACAGUGUCUCAACGACCAGUUGACACAGGUUCAACAGAACAGCUUGCACCGUGACAGUCUUUCCUCCCUGCAGAAGGCUGUGGAGCAGAAGGAAACCAGCAGAGAGCAGCUACGAGAGCAGCUGAAUGUUGUGGAGAGAGAGACGAGGGCCAAACUGCUGGAAAUAGACGCGUUCAACACUCAGCUGAAGGAGCUGCGGGAGAUCCACAGCCGGCAGCAGCGACAUAGACAGAGAGAGCUGGAGGGAGACACACACUCACUGACACACACACACUCUCACAUACACACUCCGAUCGAGAGGCAGUCUGCGGAGCUGCACGAGAGCAGGUUGUCUUCAGACGAAGGUGUGAGCUGGAGGGAUGAUGAAGCAGGAAUGUCUGCCCCCGAUCCUCCGAGCCCAUCCUCCAUCUCUGCACCUGACGCCUGGCUGAACAGAGUGACCCUGGAAGAGGAGGAGAGGAAGAGGAGAGGGCUGGAGGAGGAAGAAGAGGGCCGGAAUAGUGCAGGGUCGGUAGAAGAGUUGGAGGACGAGGGAAGAAGCAAGAAGGACAUGCAAGAUAAAUUAAGCAAGCUGUUCGGCCAGCCGGCUGAUCCCUGGGGCUCAUCAGUGGAGAAAUCUCCAGGACCCAGUCUCUUUGACCAGAACACAGUCGCCAGCGGCUUCGACCAGCAUCAGCCGCCGCAGUUUCAACCGCCGCAGCAUCAGCCGCCGCAACAUCCACCGCAGCAUCAGCAUCCCCAGCAGCAGCCGCCGGUGAAGGUGGUGUACUACAGGUCUCUGUACCCAUUUGAUGCUCGCAGCCAUGAUGAGAUCAGUAUCACUCCCGGAGACGUCAUCAUGGUGGACGAGUCUCAAACAGGGGAACCCGGCUGGCUGGGCGGAGAGCUCAGGGGCAGGACGGGCUGGUUUCCAGCCAAUUACGCAGAGCGGAUUCCAGACAGCGAAGCACCGCUCAACCUCCGCGCCACCGCCUCAGUCACACCCACGUCUGCCCAGCAGCCAAUGACAACGCCUCCUCCAGCACCUGGACACGCCCCCUCAUCAGCAUCCUCCGCCAACAGUAACUGGGCCGACUUCAACACAACUUGGCCCUCUAAUACAGCCAGCCAAUCAGAGAGCGAGGGAUGGGACGCAUGGCCGACCUCUUCAACCAAUCAGAAUCCAUCGCUCAGUGUUCCCUCGGCACAACUACGGCAACGCUCUGCCUUCACACCGGCUACCAUGACGACCGGCUCCUCUCCCUCCCCAGUGCUGGGACAGGGGGAGAAGGUCGAGGGUCUUCAGGCUCAGGCUUUGUAUCCCUGGAGAGCGAAGAAGGACAACCACCUCAACUUCAACAAAAAUGAGAUAAUAACAGUGUUGGAGCAGCAGGAUAUGUGGUGGUUGGGUGAACUGCAAACUGGACAGAGAGGCUGGUUCCCCAAAAGCUACGUGAAGCUCAUCUCCGCCAGCGCGACGCCUCCGGUUGUUAUCGCAGCACGCAGCAAAAACACCAGUGAGUCCGGUGUAUCAGAGAGUCCGCCCAAUGGGAAGCGACCCUCCCCUUCCCCGACAAAACCCUCCGACUCUGGUGAAGAGUAUGUGGCCAUGUACACGUACGAGAGCAGUGAACAAGGCGACCUGAGUUUCCAGCAGGGAGACGUGGUCAUGGUGACCAGGAAAGAAGGCGAUUGGUGGACAGGCGUAGUCGGCGGCAAAGCUGGAGUCUUCCCAUCCAAUUACGUUAAACCUCGAGACUCUGCAUCAGAUUCUUUGGGACCAGCAGGGAAGACGGGCAGCUUGGGAAAGAAACCAGAGAUCGCUCAGGUGAUCGCCCCCUACAGUGCUACAGGGGCAGAGCAGCUGACAUUGGCUCCUGGGCAACUCAUCCUCAUCAGGAAAAAGAACCCAGGGGGCUGGUGGGAGGGUGAGCUCCAGGCUCGAGGGAAAAAGCGUCAAAUAGGUUGGUUUCCGGCCAAUUACGUGAAGCUGCUCAGUCCCAGCACCAGUAAGACGACGCCCACAGAGCCGACGCCUCCUAAACUGACUCCUGCCAACACAGCUGUGUGUCAGGUGAUCGGCAUGUACGACUACCUGGCGCAGAACGACGACGAGUUGGCCUUCCUGAAGGGUCAGGUGAUCACAGUGCUCAACAAGGACGACUGUGAUUGGUGGAAAGGAGAGCUCAACGGGAGGGAGGGUCUGUUUCCCAGCAACUACGUCAAACUCACCACGGACACCGACCCGAGCACGCAGUGGUGCGCUGACCUCCACCUGCUGGACAUGCUGAGUCCCACGGAGAGGAAGCGACAGGGCUACAUCCACGAGCUGAUCGUCACUGAGGAGAACUACGCCAACGACCUGCAGCUCGUCACAGAGAUUUUCCACAAACCUCUGCUGGAGUGCGAGCUGCUGACGGAGAAGGAAGUCGCCAUGAUCUUCGUUAACUGGAAGGAGCUCAUCAUGUGCAACAUCAAACUGCUCAAAGCUCUGAGAGUGAGGAAGAAGAUGUCAGGAGAUCGGAUGCCGGUGAAGAUGAUCGGUGACAUCCUGACCAAUCAGCUGCCUCACAUGCAGCCCUACAUCAGGUUCUGCUCGUGUCAGCUGAACGGAGCGACGCUGAUUCAGCAGAAAACAGACGACAGCCCUGAGAUCAAAGAUUUCCUCAAGAGGUUAGCCAUGGACCCCAGGUGCAAGGGGAUGCCUCUGUCCAGUUUCCUGCUCAAGCCCAUGCAGAGAGUCACCCGCUACCCGCUCAUCAUCAAGAACACGUUAGAAAACACUCCGGAGUCUCAUCCCGACCACAGUCACCUGAAAGCUGCUCUGGAGAAAGCAGAGGAGCUGUGUUCACAGGUGAACGAGGGCGUCAGAGAGAAAGAAAACUCGGAUCGUCUGGAGUGGAUUCAGGCUCACGUUCAGUGUGAAGGCCUGUCGGAGCAACUGGUGUUUAACUCGGUCACAAACUGUUUGGGUCCCAGGAAGUUUCUCCACAGCGGGAAACUGUUCAAAGCCAAAAGCAGCAAAGAGCUGUACGGCUUCUUGUUCAACGACUUCCUGCUGCUGACUCAGGUCACCAAGCCUCUGGGCUGGUCCGGCUCAGACAAAGUUUUCUCAUCAAAAACACACCUUCAGUACCGCAUGUACAAGACGCCGAUCUUCCUGAACGAGGUUCUGGUGAAGCUGCCCACGGACCCGUCAGGAGACGAACCUCUGUUCCACAUCUCCCACAUCGACCGGGUCUACACGCUCCGAGCCGAGAGCAUCAACGAGCGGACGGCGUGGGUUCAGAAAAUCAAGGCAGCGUCGGAACUCUUCAUCGAGACGGAGAAGAAGAAGAGAGAGAAGGCGUAUCUAGUUCGCUCUCAGAGAGCCACAGGGAUCGGUCGGCUGAUGGUCAACAUCGUGGAGGGAAUCGAGCUCAAACCCUGUCGCUCUCACGGUAAAAGUAAUCCAUACUGUGAGGUGACCAUGGGCUCCCAGUGCCAUAUCACCAAAACAUUACAGGACACGUUGAAUCCGAAGUGGAACUCCAACUGUCAGUUUUUUAUAAAGGACCUGGAGCAGGACGUCCUCUGCGUCACCGUGUUCGAACGAGACCAGUUCUCCCCCGAUGACUUCCUGGGCAGGACCGAGAUCCGGUUGGCUGAAAUAAAGAAGGAUCAGGGCUCUAAAGGACCAAUCACCAAGCGGUUGCUCCUGCACGAGGUUCCCACAGGAGAGAUCGUCGUCAGGCUGGACCUCCAGCUGUUUGAAGAACCCUGAACCCAGAACAGGACCAGCACGGACUGGUCUCCAGGGACUGGGGCUGGAUUGGACUGGACUGGUCUGGAUUGUGUUAGUCUGGUUCACUUUCUUAGUGCUCAGAGGCUGUUAGGAGGAAGCUGAGGAAAGAUUUCAAUUACUGUCAUUUACCAGUUAAAUAUUAGAUUUCUAGUUUCUGAAAAGUCUUAAAAAUCUUUUGACUCAGUUUUUAAAAAGAUUUAAAACUUCACGUGAGUCUGAUAAAACAGUGGAUUACGAUGCAGGCGUCUUUUUGAUCCUGCUAAUAAAUGAUGUCAUUAUUUAUGUUUAUUACAGCUGGAAACUGUAGCCUAGAAGGUGGACAGUGAUUGUCAGUUUGUUUUUAAUUAUUAAUUUAUGUAAAGUUAUAUUUAGGUCUUUAUUGACAGGGAAGUUAACAUGAGCCGGGUCGGAAUCGAACCCACAGCCUCUGCAGGAGGACUCGCUCCUCUGUUAUGAUUUGUAUUGGGUAAUCUACCCCAUUAAAUGACAUUUAACUGGUAAAUGCUGCAGAUUCUUCAUUAUAAUUUUAAAAUAACAUCAUAAAAAAACUAAAAGCUAGAAAAGACAUUUAAACUGGAUUUAAGAAAUUAAUAUUGUACCUAAACUUGUGUGUCUUCUGUUUCUGAAUCUCUUAAAAUGUACAUUCCAGGCCACAAAAGUCUUACACACUAUAAGUGUUCAUGUCUUAAGUUGUAUUACUGGUCUUAAAAAUUAGAGGAGAGUUCCAUUAAGUAGAUUCAUACUGGGUUUAAAUAAAGACAAACUUCCAGAAGCAGCAAGAAGGAUGUUGCACUUCCAAGAACUUCAAAUCUAAGACUUGUGUCUAGUCCAGUCCAGUCCAGUUUAGUCCAGUUCAGUCCAGUCCAGUCCAGUCCAGUUUAGUCCAGUCCAGUUCAGUCCAGUCCAGUCCAGUCCAGCUCUGUCGGCCUUCAGUCUGGUUCACGACAGUAUUUGAUCCAGUCGUCUGCCGGAGAUCGGCCGGGUUCCUUUGUGUCAUCAGACAGACUCUCCACUGACAAUCCCAGCCCUCCUGCUUUGUCCCUACAAACCCCGAAACCCCUGUGUGUGUCUGUGCGUGAGUCUAUGUGUGUGUGGGCGUAUGUGUACAUGAAUGUGUGAGUGCAUGUGUGUGUGAAUGCCUGUAAGAGCGUUAAGGUGGACGAGCUAAUUAACGGUACGGUUCAGUGUACAUUUUAUUUUUUAUCGUACAACUCUCUCGGAGUCUUAGGGUCGAGUCUCAGCGUCGGGGUUCUGCAUGUUAAAGGGACGUUGACAUUUUGAAUUUAUGUACAGGUGCAAUGAGAAAAGCUAACAAUGCGAAUAAGCUAAAACUACAGUAACACACAAUACAUGACGAGUGUCCGGUGUACACAAAUUACAGACAUGCCAAAAUGUCCCUUUGUAUGAAUAAUAAUAAUAAUAAUAGCGCUGGUGAGGAUGUGGCUGACGCAGGGAAACAGGUUUGACAGCUAAUUUAAAUUGAGGUACUGUAAAGAAGAAUGUCUUUGUUUUUAUUUGAUGUUGAACGCACACAGGGGUUCUAGCUCUAUAGCUCUUCUGUCACGUGUUUUACCUCUGGUGUCACGUUGCCGUCACAGCAGGGAGGGAAAUAACCCGACAGUAUCCGAGGGGGCCCAGAGCCGGAUCCAUCGGGCCCCCCCCCCCCCCCCGAACACGCUAUAGGUACCGCAGACGUGUAUUUUAUAGAAACGUCAUUUCCACACGCUAACCAUGAGAUCGCUAAGUGUAGAAACAUUUUACUGUGCGUCGGCACUCCCAGCACUUUCAAAACAGACGCAAACAUUAGAGCAGAGGACACGACUAACAUCGCACGGCGGCCAUUUUGGAUACUCAAAGCAGGAAACGUACCUGGAAGAUUAGUAAAUAUAAAAGAGGAAGUGAUGAUCUUGUUGUCAAUAAAAGACCCAAAUUCUCUCAGUAGCCUCGACUGGAUUUAAAGAUGGACGACAUGGCACCAGCUCAAAAGUGAAGCCAAAUGAUCUUGAUAGCCCCCUAGUGGCAAUUUGAAUUUGAUCAAAAACAGUUAUCUUAAAAAAUGUUUACUAUCCAGCUUCGUACUCCUGGUGCCUUCAUAUCCGGUUGUGUUAGCUUGUUCGCUGAUUUUAAACGGACAACAAAUGUAAGACUUCACUUUUUUGCUUUAAGUGUUUAUAUUCAUAUCAUUGUACUUGAUUUCUUUCAAGUACACAAACUCAGGAGUCACUCUGAAGGCAGCGCUAAUCCUCCACGCAGACUUUCCCCCGCCUGAGCGUUCAAAAUGGCCGCUGCGUUCGCCAGUCAGACGACAGAUACAAUCCCAGUGUGUUCGCUCAGCAGAGUUGUAUAUAUAUACGUUAGUUAGUUAGCUAGCUACUCGGCCAGUUAGUAAAUUUAGCUAGACGUUUUUAAUUUAAGGCCACGGUUUCAGUCACGCGCUGGAUUACCACGGAGACAACCUAUAGUUACCUUUGUGACCAGUCACUGUCCAAUCAGAGGUCAGCGAGGCCGGUCGCAGCAUCUCGACAGUGGAGGAAGGUGUGAACGUAUUUCCCCAGAUUGAAGCUAACGAUGAAGAUGACGAUGAUGAUGAUGAAGGUCGUCCUCAUCCCUGUCGACCCUGUACUGUUCUUACUGUUCCACCCGACCUCCUCUCCUCCCUGAAACCUAAUCCAGUUUGAACCUGUUCUCACUGUCUAUCUUCCAGGUUGUGUAUAAUACUACUGCUGAUCUGAGAGUUAAUAUAUGAGCGUGGGGGG